AUGGAGCAAAUGCGGACGCUCGAAAGGGUUGUCGAGACUCGUAUCGAUAUGCUCGAAUUCGAGAAAGCCGACGAAGUGAAAGAAGAUUGCUCAUUUUGCAGGAGUUUAGACUGCGAUAUCAUAUUUGCACUUUUAUUCACCUUUGUAAUUGGUUGCCUUCUUGUCCUUAUAAUGGCAUUUUGGUUGAAAGAAUGUGAUCAACUUUUCAAUUCAUCUACUGGUAGUGGGGAGUUUAUGUUCCCUAUGACGCUAGGCAAAAAUUUCACUUCAAAGUUCGGGUCACAUAAUCGUAAUGACAUGCAAUGUGUAUACACGUUUGUCGCACGGAAGGACCAACGCGUAAAAUUACUUUUUGAAGAUUUUCAGCUUGACGGUGAUGCUGAAAACUGUAAUAAUGAAUAUGUGGAUGUUUAUUCAGAACUUAAAAGCCCCAGUGAUGAUCUUUUAGAGGCCACAUUUGGUGGUCGAUAUUGUGGAAGUGUUCCACCGUAUGUUCGGGUUAGUUUAUAUAAUGUUAUAAAACUUGUAUACCAUUCACGAACACCAACAGAUCGGUUUAGUGAGCAUACGUUUUACGGUCAGUACUCGUUUGUUUCGGCAGACACUUAUAAAAAUGGCAUUUCACUUCCUAAUUCAACCUAUGAAUAUAUUAUCGACUCCAAAUAUGUAAGUCGAGGAACAAUACGUUCUCCAACAUAUCCCGGAGCAUAUCCACAGAGUUUCUACUGUAGUUACCUACUCAAAGGAAGUCGAGGCAAACGUGUACGAUUGAUGUUUACAGAUUUUGAUGUUUAUUUUGGUGGUACCCAUUGUCCCUACGAUUCUCUUACCAUUUAUGAUGGAAAUUCGAACAGAGUUCCAAUUAUCAGAAAGGCUUGUGGAUUGCAUCAGAACCUUAUUCUUUACUCUUCAGGGCCUUACGCAUUUAUUGAAUUCAAUUCAACUAAACCUGGCAGGUCAAGCCCAAGAGGUUACGUUAUUGAAUACGAAUUCUCAAACCGUUAUGUUAACGUACAAGAGUUGACAAGAAUAGAUGGGUAUCACGAUGAUCAUGUAAGCCACAUCAUUGGAACAGAAUGUGAUGUCCGUGUCAAAAGCAACAAAGAAUCGACUCAUUACAUACAAUCACCUGAGUUUCCAAACGGAUAUCCUGCAAAUACAACUUGUACUUACAUCAUUGAUGGUUUACAAGGUGAACAAGAUCUCGAGAAAGUUACACUAAAAUUUGAAUAUUUUGCUGUCUUCUCAGAUACUCAAAUAAGUGGAGUUCAGCGAAUUGGAACAAGUGACGAAGAUGGUUGUACAGGUUCAUUUGUGGGUAUCGCUUAUCAAGAAGCUACUAUUAAAACAGUUUUGUCUUCCACUGAUGAAAGCACCUAUGAUUUAGUGCUCUGUGAUCGAUUUAUUUCUGGAUCUAACAAGUCAGGACCUUAUCCUAGCGCAGGUCCACGAAUGGUUUUGGUGUUCAGCUCCUCUGAGAGAAUGACAACAGAUAUUAGGAAUGAAAAAGCUGGUUUUCGAGCACAAAUACAAUUUCAAACAGAUUUUGGUAUUCCUGGUAAGCAUGUUGGGAACUCGGACGAAUGCAGUUUCGAAUUCGAUGCUGAGCAAGGCACUUUCAACAGUCCGCGUUAUCCAUCUAAUUAUCCACAUAAUUCGAGUUGCCGAUAUGUUAUUGAUGCUGGCAUUGGCUACCAAGUUCAAAUUUACUUUGAACAGUUUGCUCUAUAUAACAGCUCUUCACGGAACGAAAACGAGAAAUGUGGAGAUUUUUUGGAACUUUACGAUGUCUUCGAAGACGAACGGCAAGAAAAACAAGUUACAUACUGCGCAAACUCGUUUCCAAGUCCGACGAUUUCAGCAUACAACUCUCAUAAAGUAGUCCUGAUAUUUCGGUCAGAUUCUUAUGGAACAGCGAAUGGUUUUAAAGCUUUCUAUAAAAGAAGAAAAGCAUUUGUUGAAGCAAUACCCAGUCGAGAGACCGAGUAUCAUUGUGGUAGAAGAAUUGUUGCCACUUCAGAAGUAACUUCAGGUACUAUAGUUUCCAAGCAGUAUCCAACCAAAUACGUCGCUGAUACCAUCUGUGAUUGGGAAAUUGAAGUACAUCCACAUCAUAAGAUCAGGCUAGGAUUGAUCGACAUGGAUGUCGAAGGAGAAAUGAAAGAAAUAGUCAAAUGUGACAUUGCCGUAAUUCGAAUUCGUGAUGAUUUUAACAAACAAAAAAAAAUUACCGAAAUGUGUGGAACAGAACAAGAAAAAUUCAUUCCUUAUAUUUCGGCAAGCAACAAACUUAGAAUCAGUUUUUUGACGGCGCCAGAGAAAGUUAACGGUUUAAAAGGAUUCAAUUUCACGUGGACAGAAGUGAUGCCAUUUCGUGACGAGGAAGAGUGCAAAGGUUCUAACAAAUAUGCCUGUAGUCAUGAAAAACUAUGCAUAAGUGCCCGUCUUCGAUGCGAUGGUCUUAAUAACUGUGGUGACAAUAACGACGAAGAGCAUUGUAAGUAA